ACGAGCGCCCCACGGAAGUCCUCUCCCCGUCUCUUCUCUCUCUCUCUCUCUCUCGCUCGCUCGCUCGUCUGCCUUCUUUCCAAGCGGCGACGACAGGGGAGUGGCGCCGCCCUUGCCAGUUCUUCGUCGGGCGCUUCGCCGGCUGACAAGGGAUGAUGGUUUGAAUGGCAGUAAGUAUACAAUGGCACGAUCUAUGUCAUUCUCAUAGUGUGUGAAGAAUAGUCUGUAACUACGCAUACCUAUCAUUACAAUUACCAAUAACUGGAAAUGGACGAGGAAAAUGGACUUGAGCUUAGUUUGGGCCUCUCUUUGGGCGGAUCAUCAGGGAAGGCUAAGGCUAGAGAUGCUCUUCUAGAGCCAAAAGCAGAAUCUCAGGUGGAAGAAAGCAGUAGCAAAGUUGGUUCACAAACUCCUGAUGCUCCUUUUGGGAAGUAUUAUCAAAUAAACCCUGAGAAUCAAGAACAGAAUAGUAAACAGAGGCAAGGCCCUGUUGCACCACAAUUUGGGAAUUUCUGGGGACAACCAGGGAGUUCCUCCGCUCCAGUGGUAGAUGGAUCCGUCGAACCAGUGGGCCUUCAGCCUCAGCUUCCCAGGUAUCAAGAUGGGAGGAUGUCAAAUAACAGUGGAAAUAAUUCUGAGGAACAGAAGCCAGUCUUAAGUAACCGCAACUUGCUUUCUGAAGAGAUGAGCUUUCAGAAGAAGCAUCAGACAGCUGGUGACCAGCCUGAUGCAUCUAGUAAGAGCUCUGAUGGGGGUGCGAAAAAUGCACCUAUCUCAAUUAGUACGGAUGAUGGUUCAACUGGUGAAAAUGAGGAUGUUGCGGAGUCAGAAGCAGAAGGUUCGAAUUCUUGGUUGGUUGCACAGCGUGAAGACAGUGCUAAGGGCUCUGUUGUUAACAAAGGAUCCGAUAGGAAAAGAUCAGCUGAUGAUGCUGCCGUUGGUUUUCAAGGAAAGAGGCAACCAAGUUUCUCAGGAAGUGAGGCAAGCUCAGGAAAGCUGCCGCCUGGGAAUCCAUUAUCUAUGCAAGCAUCAAAUGUAAUGGCUGUGCCAUAUCAAAUCCACGCUCAGGUAUCUGGUCCUCCUACCGUAACUAAUGCACCGAAUUUUCACUCUGUAUGUCCAGUGCAGUUGAGGCCACCUACAAAUGGUGGGCUAGCUGUCCAGACAAUGAGUAGCGCCUCUCAGGUUGCUUUUGGUUAUCCGGCAGUCCAGCUACCGACACUUGAGACGAGCUCUUCAUGGGCUUUUGGUGCUCCGCCUCAGGCUGUGUCUUCUUUUACUGUAAAAGACAAAGCUGAGCAAACGGGUUCCAAGCAAGCUGAUGAUGGCAAGAGACCCCAAGAGACAGGUGCUUCUUCGUCUGUUCACAUGGAAGAUGAGAAGAAGGCUGAGAGGGCACUCCCUCUUAUGGGUUCUGCUAUAAGGCCAGGCAUUGCACCAAAUGUCAAAUUUGGAGGGUCUGGAUCAUAUCCCGAUCUUCCUUGGGUUUCUACCACUGGUACUGGACCAAAUAGUAGAACCAUAUCUGGUGUAACAUACAAGUUUGGUAGAAAUGAGGUGAAGAUAGUAUGUGCCUGCCAUGGCACUCACAUGUCCCCGGAGGAGUUCAUGAGGCAUGCAAGUGCAGAUGCUCCGGCCCAAGAAAAUAGUGAAACUUUACCGGCAUUCCCUGUCGGUAACCAAGCAGCGUCUGCUGAAAACUAAUUUGCCUGUCUGAGAGAAUGCUUGACUAAUAAUCACUGCCCCCUUUUGUGUCUAUCACCAAUUCAUUGCCAUACUCUCUGUUCACCCCAUAUUGGUAUUUAUUACGCAAGUCUAGACGCUUGGUAUUGAACUAUGUUUGAGGAUAGAAAAUGUGUAUUUUUAGCUCUUUGUAUCUUCAAGCAAGAUUUAGCUUGUUCUGAGUUCCUUUCACGCCACAUGGAGUAUUGAGAUGCUAAGCCACUUGGUCGUAAAGCAGAAUAUUCAGCACAUUAUUUGAACUA